UUUGCCUGUGGAAGCCAGAAUGAUGGAGUCCAUGUCCUUACAGCAGUACAUCUGCAACCUGGAUUUCCAUUCCCUGCCCCGAGUGGUGAAGAUCUGCUCCGGAGUCUACUUCCAAGGGUCUGUUUAUGAGAUCUCGGGUAGUGAAUGCUGCUUACCAACAGGAGAAUUGAUUAAAAUUGUUGAUAUCCAGCUCCAGAAAGUCAACUGUGAAAGCAUCAAGAAAGAUCACCUUGUGGAGUUGCCGCUGAAUUUUAAAGGUCUCUUUCAGCUCAGUCCAGAGCGGCCACAUAGAACAAAGACAAAGCAUUUCCUUCUGGGCUCCCUCACCUUAAAAGACAAACCCUCAGCCUGUGACAAACAGCAAUACACGCUCCAGGAGAUCUUGGAGUCCUCCGCCAUGCGAGGGAAAACACUGAAGUGCCCGGAAAUUGGCAGCAGCAAAUACCAGCUGUGCCCUGUAUAUAAAGUGGAAGCAAUAAUGCAUUUGCGAAACGAUGUGGUAAAAAUAGACUCAACGCUGGACAUCGAGGUGGUCGAUGUCACUGAUGAGUCUCAGCACAUCCACUUCAUCAAGCCACUGAUGCUCAGUGAGGUUCUACUGAUGGAUAAUGUGCUGCCGGUGCGAGCGGAGAUCCUCGGGGCCCCAGAGAACACUCCUAUCUUCCAGAGCAAGUGGGUCUUCCGCCUCCGAAGAGGCUGUAAGAUUCAGAUCCACAGCAAGGGAUUGUCAUGGAAAAUCCUGGCCUCUUCCCGCAAAGGCAGGAGACGCUCUUGCCACUUCCUCAUCUCCAGCAGCUACGAGGGCCGUUUUCGCCGCUGUCCGCGCGAGUUCCACUCAUCCUCAGAGCUGGCCAGCGGUCUAGGCUUGGCUAAGAAACUGCAUGUGGUUGUCACGAAGGAUUAUGAUGGUGACGACACAGAGCUUCCACUGUUUGGCAUAGGGGAUCGGCUGGAAGUGCUCAGCCUCGCGAGGGCAGCCAAUCCUUCUGCCCCAGACAUGCUCAAAUGCAUCCGGGACAAUGGAGAUGGGGAUACGGAAUGCAUCAAGGUGCCCCUCUUCUUGGAUGCAGGCUUUGUGGAAGAUGUUCGCGACAGCAGGAAGUACACCCUCUCAGAGGUGGUGGAGCGCUUCCAUCUGCCCUGUGAGGUCAAGGUCGUGGCCAACAAAGACACUCCCGAUCCUCUCAGCUGUGCCUCAGUGCUGACUUUGGAGGCCCAGAUCACAGAGCCUUUUCUCACAGUCAGUCUGGAGGAGGAGCCAUCCGUCAUCUUUGAGAUUCCUCCCCGGUGGCUGGACGUGUCUCUGUUUCUCACUGGAGGUUUAGCGAAGGCCAUGCCUCCCUCCAGCAGUCCCAAGGUAGAAGAGCUGACGGAAGCCUUUUAUUAUAGCUUGCGAAAGAUGCUGCCUAACAACACGCCUGCUCCUCCAAGGCCCCCUAAGCAGAGCGAUUCAGUGAAGCACAAGAGCUCCCAAAGGCCUUUCGAAGAAGGCAGGAGGGCAUCAGAACCUGCUAAGCUGCCACCUAGAGAUUCAAAGGAUACAUUCCAAGAGACUGCAAAACUUCAGUACCCCAGGACUCUGCAAGCGAGAGCAGAUUCGGAUACUUUGGUUAACCCAAACCAGUAUGAUAUAGAGUAUGGACCUCCAAGACCACAAAAGACCAUCAAACCUUUCAAACAAGCCAUAGAUGCAUGUUCCGAUGACCAUGAUUAUGAGGAAAUCUGUGAAUGA